AUGCUUCUGAAUCCGUUCCGACCGGGCAGCUACGUACCAGCAGUUAUCAAAACAGGACAUGGCCUCCAGGUUGUGGCGCCGGAUACUCCAUACGUGGCAGCGGCCGGCCCAGACAAGUUAUACUUCAUCGACACCCGCUUCGAUUCUAAGACUGCAAAGCACGUGAAGGAACAAAUCGAAAAGGCAACUAUACCAAAUCCGGAGGAGUACAUCGCUAUAGACGAGAUUUCAGCUACAGCGGAAUUGAAAAACUCUGUGACCGGCGAGACGAGAUUCGUGUUCGACCCCACCUAUGCCAGGGUGCUGUUUGCAAAGGGAAUAAACAGGCACAACCCGGAGCUCAAACUGCCCGAGCAUGAGCCCGCCGGUGAUUGGCUAGUGACCUAUAAUUUGGAAAAAGCACUCACAAAACCAAGGGAAGAAGGAGAGACGGAUGCCAGCUACUAUGAAAGCAUGGACAAGUUGCACUGGGCAUGA